GAAUUCAAAUACGCGGUCUGAUUCCCCAAGCAUCGGUUGCACCAAGCAUGUUUCAGGUUACGCGUAGGUCUUUAAGUCUCAGUCGCGAGUUAACAUUGUGGAAUGCAUUUCGACAAUUUUCGUCCACACCUGUUGCUUCUGCUAGUUUGAAAGAUAUAAUGGCUGACCUAGUACCUAAAGAACAAGCAAAAGUAGCAUCUUUUAGAAAGGAAUACGGUUCCACAAAAGUCGGUGACGUUACUGUCGAUAUGGUUGGUUGUGACCUCUUCUAAAUUGUACAUGUAUAGAUGUAUGGCGGUAUGCGGGGUAUCAAAGGUUUAGUCACCGAAACAUCUGUACUGGAUGUUAAUGAGGGGAUUCGAUUUCGUGGUCUUUCAAUUCCAGACUGUCAGAAACAGCUUCCAAAAGCUCCUGGUGGACAUGAGCCACUUCCAGAAGGCAUCUUCUUUCUCCUACUGACAGGAAAAGUUCCAACCAAAGCACAAGUGGAUGAUAUUUCAAAAGAAUUCGCAAACCGAGCUGACCUCCCAUCUCAUGUUCUAAACAUGCUAGAUAAUUUUCCAUCAUCUCUUCAUCCUAUGAGUCAACUGGUAGCAGCUUGUGCCGCUCUAAAUUCAGAAUCAAAGUUUGCACGAGCCUAUUCACAAGGUAUCAAGAAAAGUUUGUAUUGGGAGUACGUUUACGAAGAUUCUAUGGAUUUGAUUGCCAAGCUUCCAACUGUGGCUUCUAUAAUUUACCGUAAUUUGUACCGGGAUGGUACUUCUGUAACUGCUAUCGACUCUAAUACGGACUGGUCCCAUAACUUUUGUCGUAUGCUUGGUUAUGAGGAUCCUGGAUUUACUGAAAUGAUGCGUCUUUACCUAACCUUCCACUGUGAUCAUGAGGGCGGUAAUGUUAGCGCACAUUCCUGUCACUUGGUGGGUAGUGCACUUUCCGAUCCAUACCUUAGUUUUGCCGCAUCUAUGUGUGGCUUGGCUGGACCUUUGCAUGGAUUGGCCAACCAAGAAGUAUUAGUCUUCCUGAAUAAAAUGCAAGAGAAAGUCGGCAAAAAUCCAACAGACGAACAAGUUAAACAGUAUGUAAUGGAUACGCUUAGUGCCGGACAGGUCAUUCCCGGCUAUGGUCAUGCUGUUCUUAGAAGAACGGACCCCAGAUUUACUUGUGCACAAGAAUUUUGUGAAAGGCAUUUUCCAAAUGAUCCUCUGUACAAACUAGUUGCUCAAUUGUAUAAAGUUGUUCCUCCAAUCUUGACAAGUCUUGGCAAAGUUCAAAAUCCAUGGCCUAACGUGGAUGCACAUAGUGGUGUUUUGCUCCAGCAUUAUGGUCUUACUGAAAUGCAGUAUUAUACAGUUCUAUUUGGAGUUUCUCGAGCAUUAGGUGUUUUAGCCUCGUUAAUUUGGGAUAGAGCAUUAGGCUUGCCAAUUGAACGACCCAAAUCUUUAUCUACUGAAGCAUUAAUGAAAUUGGUGAAUGAUAUUGGACGUAAACAAGGUUAAAUAUAGUUUAUUCAAUUCGGAUCCAUAUCUAUUCUUAUUGGACAUUUUCAGUAAGGUUAUUUCUCCACUUUCUAAUAUUUUCCACUUCAAACUUAAGAACAAAUCAUCUUAAUAGUUAGUCAAAACUACUUUUUUUUGUUUUAUUCUCCAUCUAUAUCUUACUGCAUAACACAAUACAUAUGGUUAAUUCUUUUAAGUAGAAAAGAACAUUUUAACAACUCAUUUAAUUGUUUAUGUUUUGUUUGUUUUAUGUAAUUGUAGAAUUUACCUUUUAACCAGUUUUAGUAUUCUUAAAAGUGAUGUAUAUCCAUACAGGAAAUAUAUAUUCAUCUAAUG